AUGUCCACUUUAGCUUUACAGAAACGCCUAGAGAGCAUACUGCAGUUUAUGGCUCCUCAUUGGUCCUGGGUUAAUUGCCAUAUGGUUAAUUAUUUAACUGAUAAACACUGGCAAAACUAUGUGCCCUUGGAACUGCAAAAAGAGAUUUCUACUCACUUUGUAAUAGAAGAAUGUAUAGAAACUGUUUUUUGGCCAUCAAUGGAAGAUAAUUUAGAAGAAACCUCAAGUAAAUUUCCUGAGUUUAUACAAUUUACACAGCAAGCUAAGCAGCAUACUUUACAUCAUUUCAAGGAUAUUAUAGUAAAACCAGAAGAAUUUGAAACAAAAGUUCUAGGAGUACCAACAAAACUUAAACAACAAAUUAAAAUUAAAGAAUUUCUAACAGAAAAGAAACGUCAUGAGGUGGAAAUAACUGCUGAACUCGUCAAUGAUUUAAUUAAAUCUAGUGCUUGGCAAGAUAAUGCUUUAAUAGUGGAUGCUGGUGAUGGUAAAGGUUAUCUAUCUUCAAGAUUAGCUUUGGAAUAUGGCCAUAAAGUAUUGGGCAUUGAUAGUAAUACUUCUAAUACUGAAAACGCCAUUGAGAGGAAUAAAAGAUUAAAGAAAGCUUGGAAUGGUUUAAAAGAAAGAGCUGAAAUGGAAUCGAAGGGUCUUACCCCAGCCAGACGUGGUAAUCUGAAACAAAAGCGCCAACAAAAAUCUUUUGUUGAAGAAAACCAAAAUUUGUGUAACGAAAAUGACAACUAUAAAACUAUAGAUAAAUUUAUAACAUCCGACAUGGAUUUGGAUGGCCUUUUACAACAACAAUUUCCACAAACUGACUCUACUGAAACACCCACAAUCUGUUUAACUGGUUUACACACUUGUGGCAAUCUAGCGGCCACCUGCUUAAAGCUGUUUCAUUCACAAUCAAAUUGCAAACUAAUGUGCAAUAUAGGCUGCUGUUACCAUCUGCUUAAGGAACAAUACUCGGGCCCUGAAUUCUUUGGCAAUAAAGAAAUUUUGGACUUGAAUCAGGAAAUAGGUUUUCCACUAAGUAAAUAUUUACAAGAAAAACAAGUUAAAUUAGGACGUAAUGCUCGCAUGCUGGCCGCUCAGUCUAUAGAAAGAACGAUGGCUGCCAAAGAAUUGCCAAAUAUUUCAUUGUUUUAUCGAUCUCUAUUGGAGCUAUUGAUAUGUGAGCAGCAUCCUGAAUUAAGGGACUGUGUACAGGUGGGAAAAAUACGUAAAUUUAGUAAUUUUGUAGAGUAUGUAGAUUUGUGUAGAAAAAAGUAUCCAAAUUUGAAUUUGAAACAGGAGAGAAUAGCAGAAAUUUCCGAACUGGAGGAGAGCAGUAUGAAUAAAAAGUAUUUAGAUUUAUUUUAUUUACUGCGCAUGACAUUUGCUCCAGUUUUGGAAUCGCUUAUAUUAUUGGAUCGUCUUUUGUUUUUGAAAGAAUUGGGGCAUACGCAAAGUUUUCUAAUGCCAGUUUUUGAUCCUGUGGUCUCGCCAAGGCAUUUUGCUAUAGUGGCUAUAAAAAAUGUCAAGUAAUAAACUAAAAAAGCAGUAAACUUAAAAAAUUCAUGAAACGGGAGUUUUUUCCCAUUGAAUUUGAAUAGGAAAAAUGAGAAAAGGGAAAAAACUCCCGGGGAAUUUUUAUUCAUAAUUGGGCUGAAACAAGGCGUAUUAACAAGGUGAGUGCAUAAAAUCAGCUGUUUCUUAAUUCGCUUUGGUUUUAUGUACACUAUAUGUCAAACAUUGUUUAUGUUUACAUUUGUUAUUGUAAAUAACAUAGUAAUAUUUUAAUUCGCCUUGAUUUUGACAUUUAACGUACAUUUUAACAAAAACAAAUUGCCUGUUGUUUUUGCAUUGUUGUAUUUGUUGCCGGGACGCACUCACCUUGUUAAUACGCCUUGGGCUGAAAGUAAAUUGAAAAUUUUUAUCGGAAUGAAAAACUUUAAAUUUUUUUUAAUCCAAAUAGAAACUCUUCUAACGAAAUCAGUCCAAAUGAAACACAUUUUCUUAUGGUUAUUACAAAAUUACCAUGUUUUUUUUAUUUAUUAUUUGUAUUUUAUAAAAUAAAAAAUGAAUUUAAUUCACAUCAGAA